AUGGGUGUUGACGGCUUCCUCCGGCAGCUCGGCGAUGCUGUAGACAGAACGCAUCUGCAGCAGUUCGCUGGCCAGACACUCGCGGUGGAUGCACUUUCCUGGCUGCACAAGGCCUGCUAUGGUUGUGCUUUCGAGCUCUCGACGAGUAGGGACACAGACAAGUACGUUCAGUAUAUGCUGCGCAAAGUGGACAUGAUACGCAGCUGCGGCGUUGCCAAAGUCAUCCUCGUGUUCGACGGUCAGCGGUUACCACUUAAGAAAAGACAGAGCUACAAGGAGGAAACCCGCAAACGCGCACUGCAAGCUAUGGCUGCCUCCAAGAGAUUGCAAGGAAACGAGCGCCAGAAUGAAGCCAACAAAGCCUACCAGCUCAUGCAGAGGGUGGGUUGA